GGAGCAGGCAUCAACACUUGGAGAAGACGGGGUAUUUUUAGCAACCGGUGAAAAGGCCAAAGCCAGCCAGCCAAUAAGCCUACGCUUGGAAAUAUAAUGUAUCUGACGUCUAACAUUAACUGACGGGGAGGCAUGCUAGUGUGUGUUGCAGGGUGAUUCAGGAUGGUGGACCAGCCUCUGUGGGAGCAGAUAGGAUCCAGCUUUGUGCAGCACUAUUACCAGAUGUUUGACUCUGACAGAUCACAACUCGGAUCCAUAUAUAUUGAUGCAUCAUGCCUCACAUGGGAAGGACAGCAGUUCCAGGGAAAAAGAGCAAUUGUUGAGAAACUCACUACUCUACCCUUCACAAAAAUAGCGCACAGUAUAACAGCGCAGGACCACCAGCCGACUCCAGACUGCUGCAUCUUGAGUAUGGUUGUAGGACAGCUAAAAGCAGAUGACGACCCCAUCAUGGGUUUCCAUCAGAGUUUCAUCCUGAAGAACAUUAACGAUGCAUGGGUGUGCACCAAUGACAUGUUCAGGCUGGCCAUUCACAACUUUGGAUAACCCCCCUCCCACUCUGGUGGGCAGGGGCAGCCAUAGUGAUAGGCAUCAUGUGAUGAAGUAUGGAGGGAGGGAAAGGAGAGAAGAGAACACUCAUCCCUCCCUCCUGCUGUCUCAUUUAUUGCCUGCUUGGCAAACAAGCAAACACCGGAUUCUAGAUGUCAAUCACUGAACCUCAUCCAGGUGGGUUUUCAGACCACCCCAGCCAGUAGAACUGCAAUGCGUUUCUUCGCUGAGAGCCGGCGAACCAAUCAGAUGCCCCUGUCUGCCACUCUGCUGAUCUGCAUGGCCCUGGAGUCCCCCAUUACAAUAUCUACACUCAAGCCACCAGAAAGACAAACAGCUGACCGACGCCAUUGACUCAUGCUCUGCUCUCCACCCUUCUUUGCUUAAUUCUAACCCAUUCUACUCCACUGUUAACUCCACUUCUGUCGACUCAGUACUGUUAGCACUGUUGUUGACUGGUUUAUAGAUCCAUGUUCCAGUUCAGUCUGCUUCAUCAGUUCCGACUUCUUGUGUUUUUAAAUUGUUUUUAGAUGCCACUUGUGUGUUGCCUCAGCGUGUUUUAACUGCGUUUUAUCUUCCUUUACACAAUUGUUAACUUUGCCAUGAUUCAGUGUCAUGCCAGGUUUUGCUCUCGCAAACCAAAGAAUCAUGGUGGACAUAGAAUUUGAACAUGCUGUGUGAUCGGCUCCUGCAUAUUCUCUCUCUCUCUCCAUCGCUCUCGCUCUUUCUGUCGCUCUCAAUCUCUCUCUUUCUCUCUCACACACAGAUGUCUGGCAGUUAACAUGGACUACAGCCAAGAAAGACAAUAAAACCUGGACUUUUUUCUUAA